AUGAGGUUCCGUGUGGGUGCGUCAGCGUUCCUGAGUUCCCUGCGUCUUCACCAUCAGGACGUGAGCUGGUCAGUGAGACAGAUCAGACACUGGAGGAGCCCUGAGACCUCGGAUUGUCCUUCAGACCGUCCUCGAGUCCUUAUAACAGGUGGUCUGGGGCAGCUUGGUGUUGGACUGGCACAAAUGCUGAGGCAGCAGUAUGGGAGAGAAAAUGUGAUCCUGUCUGACAUCAAGAAACCUCCAGCGGAAGUGUUCGACAUGGGUCCAUGUGUGUAUGCUGAUGUUCUGGACUAUAAGAAGCUGCGUGAGUUGGUGGUAAAUAAUCGCAUCACGUGGUUGGUGCAUUACAGCGCCCUGCUCAGUGCUGCAGGGGAGGCCAACUUCACCCUCUCCAGAACUAUAAACAUCUCAGGUUUGCACAAUGUUGUAGACCUGGCUCUGGAAAACUCUUUGCGUCUGUUUGUCCCCAGCACCAUCGGGGCAUUCGGCCCCACUUCCCCCAGAGACCCCGCCCCCGACCUCUGCAUCCAGAGACCUCAUACCAUCUACGGCGUCUCUAAAGUCCACGCCGAGCUCAUGGGUGAGUAUCUCCACCAUAAAUACGGCCUGGAUUUCCGCUGUCUGCGUUAUCCUGGAGUUAUCUCAUCCACCACAAACCCCGGUGGAGGCAUCACAGACUACGCUGUUCAGGUUUUUAAUGACGCCCUCACCAGCGGCCACCAUGAGUGCUACCUGCGCCCUCAGACUCGCCUACCCAUGAUGCACAUCUCUGACUGCCACCGAGCCACCGUAGAGUUCAUGCAGGCUUCCGACUCCCAGCUCUCACUGCGCACCUACAACAUUGCUGCUAUAAGCUUCACACCUGAGGAGGUGGUGGAGGAGAUCCGGAAACACGUCCCUCACCUGAGGGUCACCUACAAACCUGACCCGGUCCGCCAGAACAUCGCUGACAGUUGGCCAUUGAGGAUUGACGACUGUAAUGCACGGAGCGAUUGGGGCUGGAAGCCGGCGUUCGGUCUUCCCGAGCUCGUCAGAGACAUGCUGAAUCACAACCCCAACAGGAGAGCGAGCACAAACGUUGGCGUUAGCUAGCAGCACGCUGGACUUCCAACAUUCCAGAUGCUUUUCAAUGCAGAUGUGCUCACAGACUGUAGUUACUGACACUCACAGACAAACUUUCUUUUCUUGUCUUCAUUUGUCAGAGACCAUCACUGGGUUUUUUUUAAUUAAAAUCCCACACACAUACAGAAAAACACCCACCAACAGCCACCAAAGCCACAUCCUACCUGUGAAGCAUGGUGGAGGGAGCAUCAUGGUUUGGGGCUACAUCAGAUCCUAAAAUAAAUGGAUGAAAUAGAGGUUUUAAAGAAGAAUAGAGAUACAUAAACCAGCUUUACAGUUUUGGCUUGAGACUUUGUGAGUAAAUAAGCCUGCAGCGUGCAUGAAUGGAAGUCUUGGAGAGAAAAAGACGAAGAGCGAGUGGUUUGUAUCAGCGUGGGAAGAUUUAAAGCUCGAUGGUUUAGUUUAAACGCCGAUAGAAUGUGAGCAGGAACUGAAAAUAAAAACCAAAAUAAAAACCAGAGUAUAAUUAUAAUUCUUUAAUAUUUAAUUGACACCAUUAUA